CCAGCAUUUCAAGUUUGUAUUUAUUUGAAUGGUCCUUCCUUCCCACUAAAAUCCUCUCAAAUUCCCGUUUCUUCCUGGUUGCGCAUGGAAACGUUCUCGGAUAUAUAACGUGCUUUAGGAUGCAUAGACAACUUUACACAAUGUUAUGAGUCCCUUAUUAUGGCCACUGGAAGUCAUGUUGAAAGUAAUGCAGAAGUCCACAGGCUCAAGCAGGCCCAGCCCCAUGAUCUUCUCAAACGUAUGGUUUGUUCUGGAGAUGAGAAGAACAUGAGGGAGGUGGAUUAUUCACUUAAGGACGAAACCGAUCAAGAGAGAUUUCCAGUGGGCCGUUGUGUGCACAAAUACAGCAAAGCGAAGCGAGCGGUGGUUAGCAAAAAGAAAACACGUCACUCUGGGGUGGGAUCAAGAGCAUGUCGGAGAUCGCCCACCGCGAGCAGGACGUCUGACAUGGCAAACAAAGAAAAUGAACUGACCUGUGCUGAUGACGUGCAGGCUAUUCUUUACAGUGACAACUGUGGGUUCCCUGUGAACUCGACAGACGCCUCAAAAAUGGCAGGAGCUGGCUCCAAAUACAGUGAUUAUUUCACUGAGUUAUCAAAAGACCAUGAAGCAAUGACUCAUGUGCUCUUUGGAAGAAAUCUGAGACUGAAUGUUGCUUUGACUCUUUGGCGGAAAAACGCAAGUGAACUAGUGGCAUACUUGAACAGAAUACAAGACACAGGGGUGCUUGUUGACUGUUUGCCUGUACUUACUAAAAGUCUUCAGGAAGAACAGCCGUGUAUUUCAAUAGGUUGUUGUGUUGACCUUUUACCACAAGUGAAAAUGAUUCUUAACACUAAAUAUGAAGAACACCUCAUCGUAGCUUUACACUGGGUUCAAUCUACCAUUAAAAAAUGGUGGUCUGAGCUCUCCACAAACAACAAAAGCUUGCACGAUGGCUUUUCAAAUGACAGCAGGAAUGUUCAGGCAAUGAAGACGAUGCUUCUUGAACUGUGGGAGGGGAAGAGAUACUUAAGUUCAGUUCCAGGAACUGUAGGAGAAACAGCAAAGGUUAUAGAAUCGUACGUGUCACAACUGCGCUGAUGUAUCAUUGUAGCACACUAUGGACAUAACCACUACAAACUCUUGGUGCAUUUUAAGCUCUUUGAUUGGCUUGGAGCUGGUGGUUCUGAAGCUCAGUAGGCUGUGGUGAAUUGGGGCUAGAUGAACUGAACAAUUCAGACACUCCGAUUUCAGCACUGGAGGAGGAAGUCUUCCUACAGGCACUGAAUGACUGCUUCACAUUGAAGUGGACUUGCUUAGGGGCACAUAAUCAACUCCAUGAGACUCUCUGGAAUCAGGCAACUCACUGAAGUGCCAAGCAGAAGUUUUAACUGUUGCACUUGUAGUGCUAUGGUGUGAAUCUGCUCAAGUGGAUGUGAUUGUGUAAGUGUACCUUUAUCAGAUGUUUUUUUUUUUCAGUCAUGCACUUGAAUUGCAGGAGUUUUAAGUUAUUAGUGUGUUGUUGUCCAUUGCCUGAUCAUGAAUGGAUAUUUGAGUGUAAUGUGUACAUAGUGAUUUUCUUUUAAUCAGCUUUCAAAUAAAUCUACAUAAACUGAA